GAAACUAUUUCCAAACAUCGGCGAGACAGAUAGGAAUUUUGUUUCUUUCAUUUGCGAGUCUUUGCUUCUCUUCCACUUCAGCUAGAAACCGCUGUCUCUCCUCUUUAAUGUAAAGAGAGAACGACAACCAACCCAAUGUCGUCGCAAGAGCAAGCCCUAUUGUCCUUACUCUCCCACCUCGCCUUCUCCGGCGACGGUGCCGUUUUGGGCCUAGCCUUAGCCUACGCCGCCGUCCGUUCUAUCCUCAAAUACAGAACUACCUCCUCUGCUCUCAAAAAGCUCCGCAAAGCACCUUCGGUCAAAGUAUCCGACCUUCGCUCCGUCAUGGCCAUCGACAAUUCCGAUACUUCCAACGAAUCGCAAUCAUCUGAUGGAAAAAUCUUGAUCGUCCGCGGUACUGUAGAGGCAAAAUCGGUCAUAGACGGAAGCUGGAAGAGUCUGAGACCAAGCGUCUUGGUUUCACAAGAAUCUGGAGAAAAAGCCGUUAUCAUUCAGAGAACUCAAACUUGCAUAUACAAUGAAUGGAAAGGUUUCUUUGGAUGGACUUCAGAUUUGCGUUCCAUAUUUGCGAGAUCCUGGAGGGAACAAGAAUCCACCUUAUUACGAACGGUUCCUUUCGUUCUUGUUGAAGGUGGAAAAUGGCCAGCUUCAGACUUCAUAGUAGUGAACAUUGAUAAAUUAAAGCAUCCCUUACCUCUCACAACAGUUUAUCAUCAAUUGCAGCCUGUUAAUGCAUCUCCGUACACAUUCCUACAGGCACUUUUUGGUCAUGAAUUCCCUGUCGGGCUACUUGAUGAAGAGAAAAUUCUUCCAUUGGGAAAAGAUAUCACUGCUGUUGGAGUGUGCAGUAUUAAAGAUGGAACUCCAGAAAUCAAUUCGUGCAAGGAUCUUCCCUAUUUUCUGACUGAAAUGACCAAGGAUGAGAUGGUUGUGGAUCUUGCUUUCCGUUCCAAAAUUCUGUUGUUAAGUGGUGCUGUCCUUGGUUCUCUAUCAGUUGGAAUUCUUGGCUAUGCUGUUGUGAGGAACUGGAAUAAAUUGAAAGAGUGGAGACAGCGAAGGCGGCAUCAGCAAUCAAACCCUCCUGCCAAUGAUGAUAAUGAAUUUCACAUCUCAGAAGAGGACGAUACAACAGAUGUUCCAGAUGGACAGUUGUGUGUCAUCUGCCUGACUAGGAGAAGGCGAUCAGCAUUUGUUCCGUGUGGGCAUCUAGUAUGUUGCCAAAGUUGUGCCAUAUCAGUUGAACAUGCAGCCACACCAAAAUGUCCCCUUUGUCGUCAGGAAAUCCGCUCUUCAGUGCGUAUCUAUGAUUCUUAGAAAGAAAUCGACAUGGCAAUGGAUGCCUCAGCAGGCUGUAAAUAAGAAGAGUGAGCUGCCAUGUCAUUUGCCCUUCAGCUUUUGUGAAUGGUACCUAUUUAGUCAAUAGAAAUACUUGAAGCCAAUUGUUGCCAUUGAUUUCAGUAAUUUUUGUAAAAAAUAGAAACUACAUGUCAUUGCUCAUACUGUAUAGCAUCCUUUCUCACAUUUCAAACAAAACUUUGCCAACUAUUAUACUUAUGACAUCUUAAGUCAGGUAAGGCCAUCUCCAACCAUAUACCCCAAAUUUGGUGAUGUACUACUACUAACACUAAAUAUAGUGUUAUAAUCUCUUUCAUUUCUACCACAACAAAAAAAAUUACUCUAUUAUUAUAUUAUUUUUUAAAUAAUAUUAUUUUUAUUAUUAUAUUAA